AUGGAGGAACCUACAGAACGAAAGAAUUGCAGAAAACAUAGAAGAAAUAGUGAUAAAACUGAAUAUAAAUCGAAAAGUGAUAAAGAGCUUUCAGGUAGGGAAAGUAAACGCAGAAGAAAUCAUGAUUAUGAUAAAUCUAGCUAUCAUUCAUCAGGAGAAAGAAGGUAUGAUUCAGAACAUAGAAGGUAUGAAAAAUUGAAAAGAUAUUGGGAUAAAGACACAGGCAAGGAUCGUCAUGACAAAGAUGUUAAAGCUGAUUAUCUAGUUGGUUCAAGAUAUUAUAAUGAGACCCCCAAACAUUCUCUAAUUAAAAGUUCAGAGGGUCCUACUAAAAGUAAGGAAAAUGUAAACCCACUUGAGAGUACUCGUAAAGAAAACCAAGUGACCAGGAAAAAGAAUGAUGACAUCAUUACAUCCAGAACUGGCGGUGCUUACAUACCACCCGGAAAACUGAAAUUAAUGCAAGCCAGUAUCACUGAUAAAUCAAGUGCUGAAUAUCAACGUAUAGCUUGGGAAGCAUUGAAGAAAUCAAUUCAUGGUCAUAUAAAUAAAGUCAAUACUUCCAAUAUUGGUGUAGUUGCCAGAUUAUUAUUCAAGGAGAAUAUAAUUCGUGGUAGAGGCCUCCUUUGCAGAUCAAUUAUACAAGCUCAGUCUGCUUCUAUAACAUUUACUAAUGUGUAUGCUUGUCUGGUGGCUAUAAUUAAUUCUAAGUUCCCAAACAUAGGAGAACUCUUACUGAAGAGGGUUAUCAUUCGAUUCAAAAGAGCUUAUAAAAGAAAUGAUAAAGCAGUUUGUAUUUCUUCAGCUACAUUUAUAGCACAUCUUAUCAACCAGGGUGUUGCUCAUGAAAUUCUCGGACUGGAAUUGGUUACUUUAUUAGUAGAAAACCCUACAGAUGAUUCAAUUGAGGUUGCAGUAGCGUUUUUAAAAGAAGCAGGCCAGAAAUUAAGUGAAGUAACAAGCAAAGGCACUAAUGCUAUAUUUGAUAUGUUAAGAAAUAUUCUUCAUGAAGGAAAGUUGGAGAAAAGGGUACAAUACAUGAUUGAAGUUAUGUUUCAAGUUAGGAAAGAUGAUUUUGCUACUUUUCCAGCAGUACCAGAAGAGCUGGAUCUUGUAGAUGAAGAAAAUCAGUUCACUCACUUAAUUGGACUUGAUGAUGCAAUAGAUACCCAAGAUAUACUAAAUGUAUUCAAGCUUGAUUCCGAAUAUCAGGCAAAUGAGGAACGUUACAAAGAAUUGAGAAGUGAAAUUCUUGAUACUGAUUCUGAAGAUAGUGGGUCUGAAGGAAGUAGUACUGAAGCAGAAGAGGAUUCUGAUUCUGAAGAUGAAGAAAAGAAAGUCACAAUUGUAGAUAAUACAGAAACAAACCUGAUAUCACUCAGAAAAACUAUUUACCUUACAAUUCAAUCAAGUCUUGACUUUGAGGAAUGCGCCCAUAAGUUGUUGAAAAUGGAAAUUAAGCCUGGACAAGAGAAGGAACUUUGUCAUAUGUUUCUAGAUUGCUGUGCUGAACAAAGGACCUAUGAAAAGUUUUUUGGUCUGCUUGCUCAACGGUUCUGCCAAGUAAAUAAUACUUACAUAGCACCUUUCGAACAGAUAUUUGCUGACACAUAUUCUACAGUUCAUCGUUUAGACACUAAUAGAUUGCGUAAUGUAGCAAAAUUAUUUGCACAUCUUCUCUUCACAGAUGCUAUUUCUUGGGCUGUGCUUUCUAAUAUUCGACUUAACGAAGAAGAUACUACAAGCUCAAGCAGAAUUUUUAUCAAAAUUUUAUUUCAAGAGUUAUCUGAAUAUAUGGGUUUGGUUAACCUUAAUGCCAGAUUGAAAGAUCCAACUCUUCAAUCAGCCAUGGAAGGUUUAUUCCCGAGGGACAAUCCAAAGAACACACGCUUUGCCAUUAACUUUUUCACAUCUAUUGGUCUUGGUGGUCUCACGGAUGAACUGAGGGAGCAUUUAAAAAAUUUACCAAAAUCGAUUCCUGUGUCACAACUUAUUCAAGAAUUAUCAUCUGAAUCUUCCACUUCUUCAUCAUCUGAAUCUUCCUCUGAAACAGAGUCAACGUCAUCUAGUGAUUCAUCAGAGGAUGAACGCAGUAAAAAGAAAAAAAAGAAAAAAAGGCCUAAUGCUUCAAAGGAGAUUCCAAAUAAGAAAAGGGAAAAGAACCAAGGAAAUUUUCAAGAAAAUAAUAGAUCAACCAAAGAAACAAAGAAAAAAAGUUAUUACAAAACAAAACAUGAAAGAGAGGAAAAGCAUCAUCCUAGAAAAUCAAAAAAGAAAUAA